CUCCAUAUACUCUCUAGUCUGCAAAACCAAUUUGGGGGUUUCUUCUUUCUUCUCAUUUUCUAUAGUAGCAGCUGUGAUCCAGGCAGGGUUCUGCAAUUCGAGUCAAGAAAAAUACAAACAAGCUGAAAAUGGGAACUGCUCUAUUUGACGCUGAAGAUUACCUCAAAUCGAUUAAGUAUAAAUUCACUCCAGCAGAAGAGGAUGUUAUAGUUAAAUGUAAAGGGAAGGCACUUAGGGAUUUUUCUCUUGCCGUUGUUAUUGCUUCCGCUUCUGUAUGGAUAGCUACAAGAAGAAUUGGGUUUGGUCACAGAAUUAACCUUUCUGGAGGAGCUGGUAUUUGUGCAGGGUUCUAUGUAUUUGGGAAAUCUCUGAAUUUGAGCACGGAAAAAAUUCUUUCACUGGAAGAUAGUCGUCUGCAAUCAGAAUUUGCAAAAAGGCUGGUGAUGAAGUACGGGGAUAAUCCUCGGACAGUACAAAUGCUUGAGAAAUAUUUUUACAGAGAAAAUGUUUACGACGACUCAAAUGUUGAUAGAACAAUGGCAAGAUGGCGUCAUCGAAGUUUCUUUGGUGAAAAUUAUGCUUUAGGUCAAAAUAAACAUGGUGAUACCUAUGGUGCAGAUACUGAUUCUGAACCAAAACAAGUUGUAGAACCUACAUCUGAACAAAAACAAGUUAUAGACCCUACACGUGCUCCUGCAAAGCCUCUGAAGUCCAGUAUUGAAGUCUCCACAGACCCUUUUGAUGGCUUAUUUGGGCAUUCAGACGAGGAGAAACAUCAACCAAAGAUCACCCCCGAAGCUCCACCAAAAAGACGUACUCGCAGUCACAGAAAAACAGCUCGUCAACAUCGGAAGCGCCACUCUGAGCAUUCGCAAACCGAUUCUGAGUGACGUUGGUUUACUAAUUACUAGUAGGCAACGAGCAGUAAAGAUCCAAGUUAAUACGAAGGAAUACAUCGAAUGUAUCUCGAACUAGUGAUCUUUGCUCUAGUUCAUUGUAAAUUGUCGUACUCUUGAUAGACUGUUUCUGGUUGGUAAUAUAUAAAAUAAGUGCCGGUAUGUCAUUAGCAGGACACGGAAUCUGCGUUCUAACCAAGAUUCAGAAAUUGAGGCUAUGGAAUCUCAUUCAACCAAUUUUUUACGAGCCUGAGCCUUAAAUGGAUUGUUUUACUUCAUUUUUUU